AUGUUUGUUCAAUGCAGACUCUUGCCUGGAUACAUUCCAUCGUCGGUGCGAUCACUCACAUUUGGCCAAGGAUUCAACGAGAAUAUAUAUCCCAACAUCUUGCCUCAAGGCCUAACCUAUCUUCAUCUUGGAACAAGCUUCCAGAAGCCGCUAUGCGUUGGCUCAAUACCCUCAUCGGUCCACACACUCCACUUUGAGAGUUACGAUUAUCCCUUUGACCAAGAUGGAGUUCUGCCCUCAUCUUUGACCAAGCUCACAUUUCAGGCCUUCUCGAAUCGCCUUCCACCAGCCUCAACCCUGCCAUGUUUGCAAACACUCUCAAUACCAGGAUGGAAUGAUGAGAAGAGAAUGUUUGCGCUCGAUCUCCCACCAACACUCACGUCACUGAUCAUCUACUCUCUCCCUGAGUAUUGCACCACUCUCCCGAUCAAUCUCACACACCUUUCGAUCAAUUAUGACUUUGCACAAUGCAUUGUCAAGCCUCUAUCAAACCUCACGACCAUUUCACUUGGAACAAUUUCCACCUUGCGUCUUGGUGACAUUCCUGAAAGUGUCACUUAUCUCUCACUCUUUUUUGUCAAGCACAUUGUGGCCGGUGCCAUUCCACCCAGAGUCAUUACUCUAUCGAUUGAGAGAGUUGAUCAGAUAUACAUUGGAAUGAUUCCAGCAUCAGUGCGUGCUCUUAGCUUUGGUAACAGUCAUUCUUGCCGACUGCCGCCAGGAUCGAUUCCUCUUGGUGUGCAUACUCUUGAUAUUCCCAAGUGGUACAAACAUCCAAUCAUAGAAGGCUUGCUCCCAGAGAGCUUGACAAUACUCAAUCUGUGGGACCAACGCAUUAGGGCUGGAGCACUGCCUUCUUCCCUCAAGGUAAUCAAGUUACUUAGCCACGAAUCCCAUCUCCCAGCUGGAUUCCAAGUCGAAACGAUCGAACUGACCGGAAAAUAUUGUGAUUGUCCCUCGAAAAUCCACCCAUACCUCGCUGUUGCCAGUCAGGUCAAGUUUCGAUUCAAUAACUCCUUAAUGUGCCUUCGCCGACUGGAUGGUGACAGGGCGCCAUACUUCCUCUAUUCCGACCAGGUCAUCCAUUUCUACCGUGGUCUUUGGUAA